GUAACCGGUUAAACCGUCCAAAAAGAUAAGACGGGAUAUUCCAUUCAUCAUCCAUCUAACAAUUCGCAAAAAGAAAAAAAGAUGAGGCUUCACUCUUCUUCUGCCUCUGCUCGCAGCUGCAACUUAUUUUGUUCCUCCCACAAGGCCAACGCAAGAGAAAGCAGCAAAUGGAAGUUUCAAGUUCCUAUAAAACAUAAAGAUUCAGAGUUUCUGAUCAAGAGGUUUGCUCCUCCGCUCACGGCGGUUCUUCUCGUUGUUUCACCAUUCUGUAAUCCUCCAGAAUCUAUUGGCCAAACUUUGGAUAUACAAAGAGGAGCAACACUGUUUAAUAGAGCUUGUAUUGGCUGUCAUGAUACAGGUGGAAACAUUAUUCAACCAGGCGCAACGCUUUUCCGAAGUGACCUCCAGAGAAAUGGAGUUGAUACUGAGGAAGAAAUAUACCGUGUUACCUACUACGGAAAGGGAAGAAUGCCGGGAUUUGGGGAGAAAUGCACGCCCAGAGGACAGUGUACCUUUGGACCGCGGUUGCAGGACGAUGAAAUCAAGCUUCUGUCUGAGUUUGUAAAGCUCCAGGCUGACCAAGGUUGGCCAAACGUAGCUACUACCGAUUAGCUAGUUUUUUAACAAAGAUUAGUAAAAGUUCAAUACAGUAAGAACAUGCAGCGUUGCAUUAUAUGUUUUAAUGUACCUUUAAUGUCUAAGAUUCAAUCUAUGUGUGUCAAAUAAUAUA